UUUCUUUACCAUUGAAUGCGUCUUUCAUCACAGCUGGAGUAUAUCAAGGAAUCUGCGUUCAAACCAAUUCAAUCAACUUAUUUUAACUCAGGAUCAACACAUCGACAUGUAUAACGGAUCAGAAACAACACCAGGGUUUUAUCUUCUCGUAAGGUCUUUUCUAGAUAAAGCUUGGGUGAUCAUGAACUAACUCGGUGUAGAAAUUCUCAUCGAGACUAUUGAAGGAGCCAUAACAACUCUUAGAUUGAAAAUAUCCCAGAACUCGCCGCCAUUGAAGAUUGGCAUGGAUAUCUGCUUCAAACAUACAGCCAUGUGGGCAGAUCCCUAACAGCGAAACGAAAAGGCUGCUGCGGACGAAUCUUCCGUUGCGGCUUGUCCGCUGACCCACCAGGUUCGAAUGAUCUGCAAGCUGAAGAACAUCGAGCCAUUAAUCAUGCCCUUCAACAUCCAAAAGAAGUCCAAAGAGUUUCUUGAAAUCAAUUCUACUGGGAAAGUCCCUGUUCUUGUUCAUCAGCUUAAUCCAGACGAGGCCUUGGUUCUUGAUGAUCCUCUACUCAUCGCCAAGUAUCUGGAGGAAAGGUUCCCGAACCCGCCUAUCAGAAGUAACAACAGAGAGGCUAUUGUCGCUGGUAGCAAUAUCUUCCAAAAAUUUUGCGCCCUCAUCAAAAAUAAUGACCCCGCAAAAGAUCCCGGUCUUCAAACAGCCCUGCUGAAGAAAUUGGAGGAGUUGAAUUCCUUUCUGCUGGGCAGUGAUAGUUCUUUUAUGGAAAGUGAUUCUUUGAGAUUCUCCGACUGUAGCUUGUUACCCAAGCUCCUCCUCGUUCGCGUGGCUGCUAAAGAAUUGAAGGGCCUGGAGAUACCAGGGAAGUUCGAAGGAGUCUGGGACUAUAUUCAUGCUGGCGAGAAACAAGUGGUGUUCCGGGACACGUGCCCGUCAGAUGAGCUAAUCAAAGAGCAUUGGUCCAGGAAAUUUGCAACUGUGCCUUUGUUAGAGGGCUACGAAAGAAAACUUUAGAGUGUUAGCGGCUAGAUAACACAAGUUAAGUGCGGAACGAACAUUUUAAGAUAAUGCUUCAAGAAGAACAACCGAGUCGCGUCUUCUAUGAGGCUUGAUAGACUUGAUACCAGUACAAUAAAUUGGACUUACUUAUCUUCAUGGCAUGCUCCCUCGUUUCCAAGCUUCCUCUCUAUAUCUUACGCGAAGAGAUUCCUACGAACAAAGUCAUAAAGUAUCGUGGAGCUAUAAUAGUGAUCCUCUGUAGAUUCACUUUGAUUAAUUAUCUUAACACACGGCUCUGCGCUGAAACACAAAGACUACCGCGAUAACGGUUAUUCUAUCGAAGGAAAAUCAUAAUUGGCUUCACUGAUAAGCUUAAAAAUAUUCCUUAAUUGCUCUAUUACUUCUUUUAUAGAAAAAUCGACAUCGAGCUUUGGCAGUUCAAAACAAUUGGUCCCUUUAUUGAAAUUUCAAAGUGUUUGUAUAAUCGCCCGUUGUUUAUGCACCAUUAGCCUUGCGUAACAGUCGCUCUGGUAAUUACACAAUCUUAACCGCUAAAUAGGAUAAUAAGUGUGAGCUUCAAAUAUAUGGACGUGUCUAUCAUCUACGCCACUCCUAAAUUGCUUCGUCGAUCGAGAGACCUGAAGGAGAAGAUCGAAGAAUGACUGUAAAUACCUCUUCAGUUGUCUAGGUACACAGUGCUGCUGCUAAAAUUUGCUUGAUUUACACGUAAAAAUAUUUUUGGUCUUGAUAACUACACUGAACGUAAAAUGUGGAUUUGCAUUUUCGUAACACAGGUCUUAAAAUAAGUCGUUUCCAAAUAUAGCUUGUUCUGCUGUGCAUAAG